AUGAGGAUAGAUAUAUAUUUAACUAUAGUGCUCUUGUCUAUAUGGGGUCUAGCCAGGUCACAGAAUGACCCAGUGAAAAUGUUAAAUAACUUAAUUAGGUUAAAUCCUCGAUUAGUAGGAAUAGAUGAGGCCAUCCAUAUAAAUAUGCUGGAGGAAGUUGACGAAGAAGGAGAAAUUACUGCUGACAUGAUGUGUAAUCUAGAAAAGCCUUUUGAUUCGGAGAGAACACAGCAUGCUUUGAGAUUCUACGUAAUGAUUAGGAUUUUAGUAGAUAGUGCAACAAUCCUUAAGGAACUGCUGCCUAAUCUAAUACAAAUAUACAAACACUACUACUCAUUUGUUGAAGAACUGUCUUGCAAGACUAAAGAACUCGCUGUGCCUACGAUAAAGCAUCAUUCUGCUGAAAGAAUAAUACUAGAAAUGUACGUGCAAAAUAUACAAGAGAUGGAAAAAAGACUAAAAACAUCAGAAGCAUUUGCAUGUGGUAUAAAAGAGCUGGAUCUUAUAGAAAAGCUUGUGCAAGUAGACUGGACGCAAGAAUAUAACUACUAUAUAAAAAAUAAAAAGAGCAAUGUGCUUAAUGAGUGCUAUGCAAGCCUGAAAAGACUAAGCUCCCACACCUACAACAUGCACGUAACACAAAUGGCCCUAGACACGAUACUAAACAGUCACAUAAACUUUUUGAAUGGACUGCAACAGCAUAGUACUACUGCCAUUAUAUCCCCAGCAUCCUGCAAAAAGGGCAGCUGUAUUAUUUGCAAGUCAUUUGAUUCUGUUGAUAUAAUGAAGACCCACAAAAAGCACUUACCCUGGAGCUAUAUUGCAGUUAGCCUGCCUUUUAGGGUUUCAAUGAGUUUUGAAGAGUUUUUUUCAGCAAUAGGCCCAGAAACACCAUUCUAUAAGAUUGACCAUUUUAAAAAAGAAAUCUCUUUCGGCGAUUACAAAGAAAACUUGUUAUGCUUAUACAAUAAGUCAAUCCUAUACGAUAAAGAGUACAAUUUGGCUGUCACUAGUGUUCUUAAAAAUAACUACAUUAGACUUGAAUCUAUGUUGAUAAGUGACUUUCAUAUUGAUGGUAUAAACCAAGUACUAUAUCAGAUCAAAAAGAGCCCUAUAAUGGGGCCAAGCAGUCCUAUGUGGGAAAAUAUUAGAAAAAUACUCAUUAUCCCUGCGUCUACGAUAAAAAACCAUCUUAAAGAUGUGUCGCCUGAUGUUAAUAUUACGUUUUGCGAGCUCAGUAAAGAGCUUAUUUUUUUCUCUUAUGUGUUUAAAGACACUAUGUGCCAUUUUUUCAACACGUACUUUUUAUGGAUUCAAUCUAGUGCUUCUGAUCAUGUGGAUGCCAUGAACAAUUUUUAUGUUAGACCGAAACCUGCUCUUUUAAAAAACAUGUAUGAUGCGAAAGAAUAUUAUGAAACCCGGGCGUUUGAUAAUCUAAUUUCCAUGCAUAGCACUAUAUGCGUUCUAGUGCGUAUUUUAAAGAAGAUAACAGAUUCUAUAGAGCUUCUAGAUAUUGUGGAUUUAAAAACGAGCCCAUGCAUGCAGCCAGAGUAA